AUGCUCAAUGGACUUCCCUGGCACUGGCACACCGCUCGCGUACCCAUCUGGCUUCCUUGCCGCACGUCCGCGGUCGGGGGUCGCUCGCGUGUCCCCUUGUCGCCGGUUGGCGCUCUCCUCUCUGUGCUAUUCUCUCCCACCUUCUCUCUCGUCAUCACCGCACACGCCGGACCUGCUAGAAGAGGCGACCUCCGGGGUAUCUCGGAGAUCCGGUCGAAGGCUCUAGAAGAACUGGCAAACUUGAGAUCCUGCUUCGAUCUUCUCCUCUUUUUACCUUGCCAGUAUGUUGCGCUCCAAACGCCGGCCGCCUUGCCCCCAGAGCCGUCAAGAACCUGUGACGCAGGGGCUUCUGAGAGUCGCACGCCGGAGUGGACGAAGAGCUACGCGGGUCCACUUGCCCACCGUCUAGCCGCAGAUGGAGUAGAUGUUCACGGGGCAGUGGAGGCAGAGACAGAGCCGGGAGCUCCUCGAGGACGUGAGGCCCCCGGCGCGCGCUCAGUUCUGCCCCGCGAAGAGGGUGCAGUUGAUCUCAUGGCAGGAGACAACAGAGCAGCGUGGAUACACAUGUCAGACGCGCAGCCGCACAAGGGGCGAACAGCAGACUCUUCCUCUAAGUUCCAGUUUUCCUUCGUCCGAGCCGUACCGCGGCAGCCGUCAACUGAGAAGGCGAGCGACACGCAUCCUGUAAAAGAAAGUCGCGUUGGCGGUGUGUCGUCAACGCCAGUGGCUGCCGCUUCCUCAAGCAACGCGGAACCCAAUACACCCUCUCUAAGAGGAGGCGUCGCGGGCGUAGAAAGGGAGGCCGCGAGCGCAACCGAGGCACCUCUCGGUGUAGAUCAAAGACAGAAGCGGAAAACGCAGCAGCACACCGCACUGGGCGAGGGAACCGGAGGACUGGAGGGCGGGGAACAGAGCGCGACUCAAGAAGGGUCCGACGCCGCAGGAAAUGGGCAAGUCGAUGUUUGCAAUGAGAAGACUCCGAGAAAGACCCCGAGGGGGGUGAUGUCGCUCGAGGAUCAGCAGAGGGAACUGAGACGCAAGCUCGAGAUAGCGCUGGCUAGGCACCUUGCUGCACAGGAAGAAACAGAAGACGCCCCAAGGGCUCGGUUCACGGAGCGGGGCAGAGGGCAGGCUCGGCGGCCAAAGAGAGCGAAGGACGCGGUGGAGGAGGAUGCACAAAACAUUGUCGGUCGCGCCCGGGAGGUAGCUAUCGUCGGAUGCAUUGAGAAGAUCGGGCACUGCCGGGUGCGCGCUGCAACGCGCGGCGGACGACCAAUGAUGAUCUCAAGCGCGACUAUUAGGGACGUUUCCCCCUCUCCGUCGGGAGGGCAUCCAAAGGACGCAGCCGGAGGAGGAAAAGACGCCGCCCGAAUCCACGUUACCUGGUUUGACAAAUUUGUGCAAGUUGUCAAGCUGAAGCGACGUCACGUCGUCUGCCUUAUCGGGAAGCUUGUCCGAGGCAAAACAGGACGGAUGAAGAUGCACAAUCCGAAAUUUCAGUUUCUUGCACCUUCAGAAGACGUCUUCUUCGCCUCCGCGGCGAAAGACUCCGUAUCUCCGCCCGACGCCGGACCAGAUGCGGAACAAGAAAGCACCGGGCUUCUGCCCCCAGCUGACGAUCAGACCGAAGACGAGCGCGCCACGCGGUCGCAUUCUGUCACGGCCUCGAUGCAGACGGGCUGUGUGUCGCUUCAGCCUCACGGCUGUCCCGCAGGGACGCAAAACGGGAGCCGCGAGGCGGCUGUCCUCUCGCCGUCGGCCGAGGACGCAGGGAGACAUUCCGUGCAGACAGCCGAGGCAGGAACAGAGCCUGUGCACCAGAGAACGGAUGGCGUCCUGAAAGGGACCCGGUCUGUCACUGAAGAAGCCCCGGCGCACAAUGAGACUCCCUCUGCUUCGCCGCCGGUUCAGAAACUCAUGCCCAUUUAUCCUUCCGUCGCGGGCGUUCCCGCCAAGAUUAUCCGAGCAGGCAUCGACACAAUCUUGAGAGCCAACAGACUCGCUGAGCUGGUCCCAGAGUAUCUGAGGAGAAAGCGGGGGCUGUGGACGCUAGACAGAAUUAUGCGGGCGCUUCACUAUCCCGAGUCGUCAGAAGACAUUCAAAGGGCGAAGAGAGACCUCUUCUACUCCACGAUGUUGUGGCUUCAACUAGCAAAGAAGAUGCGCACUCGCGAGGUCGAGUCCCAAUUCCGCGGCUACGCAAGCCGCGGAGGCGAAGACGUCCUGCGCGCGUUCUACUCCUCUCUCACGUUUCCACUCACGCCCUCCCAAAUGCAGGCGAUCGAGGAGAUCCGCGGCGACAUGGCGAGCGAUCGGCCGAUGAGACGCCUGCUCCAAGGAGAUGUGGGAAGCGGAAAGACUGUGGUGGCCGCCGCGGCGCUCCUCCUUUCCGCAGCCUCAGGACAUCAGGCAGCACUUCUUGCGCCAACAGCGGCUCUCGCUCGCCAGCAUCAGCUCAGCUUGGAGAAGUUCCUCGGCCCUCUCGGCUUCCGCGUGAACCUGCUCGUGAGCGAUUCUCCGGACAAGGACGCGACAAUUCGGCUGAUUAAUACGGGCAACGCGGAGAUCACUGUGGGCACUCACGCGCUUCUUCAAAACUACGUCCUUUUUCCUCGCCUUGGCCUCCUGGUGGUCGACGAGCAGCACAAGUUCGGCGUCAAUCAGAGGUGGAAACUUCUUGUUCGCAGAGCCACCGGCGAGCCAGUAGCAGAAGAUCUGAGCUCCAGCGCGUCUUCCCAAGGACAAAAGCAUCCACGCGUUGGAAGUGAAGGGACAAAAGACGAAUGCCCAAAGCCCAGGUCGUCAGCGGCAGACCCUGGCACCGUAGAGAACGGCGCUGGCGUCCGCAAGACAAUGCCGCAUGGUGCCGCGCUUGCAAGUGAAGACGUACAGGGGGCCAGAAAAGAAGCUCACGUUUCAAAACAAGGGUGUGGGGAAAACGCCGAUGCUUCGGCUGACAGCAGUAAAGAACCCAAACGUCUGCAAGCUCGCGACUGCCCCCCGGAAGCCGCGGGCAGAACAGAGACCGGCGAAGGCGUCGAGGGCGGCCGGAUUGCGGACGUUCUUCUCAUGACUGCAACGCCAAUCCCACGGACGCAGGUAUUGCUCAAAUAUGGAGACCUCAAGCUCUCCAAGCUCCUCGCCUCCGAGCUUCGCCCUUGGCAAAGUCAACACAGGCCGUCGGAGCCAGAGAAGGAACGAGGACGGAACCUGCCCAAUCGCGACGGGGAAGAGAAGCCCGAUAUGCUGCAGACGACCCCGGGAUCGCAGACGGAGUAUAGACGUCCCCAGGUGGAGACUUACCUCAUCGACAAGCGGCGAGAGGCUGAGGUCGGAGAGAUGAUGCGCAUCAUAAGGGACGAAAUUUCAAAGAAGCGCCAAGUUUUUUGGGUCUGUCCGCUGGUUGACGGCGUCGGCGUGUCGAAGCGAAAAGGGAUGUCUGAGAAGGGACGGCGGAAGGGGACGCCAACACCGAACCCCUGCGGAGAGGCGACACCCGAAAGCUUGGCGCUCGAGUUUGAAGCACACCAGCGAGGACGCACAAAUGAGGGCGAGCUAGAGGGAACGAACAAAGACGGAGAACGCAGGGGGACCUGCGCGACCAAGCGUGGCACACAGAAGGAACACAACAGCAAAGAAAGCGCUGCUGUUCAAAGAUUUGAGGAGCUUGCCAGACUUCUGCCUGACGUACGGGUGCGUCUGCUGCACGGGCGGAUGAAACCUGAAGAGAAGGAAGAAGCUCUCUCUGAUCUUCGAGAAGGCCGCGUGGAUCUGCUCGUUGCCACAACAGUCGUCGAGGUGGGGAUUGAUAUUCCUAAUGCGUCGGUUAUCGUUAUCGACGGCGCCGAGAGGUUUGGACUGACCCAGCUUCACCAGCUCCGCGGGCGAGUGGGGCGCGAUGCGCGGUGUCCGUCUUUCUGUUUCGUACUCAUCGAUCCAUUAAACAAAAAUCUGGAUGAGAAGGCCAUGCAUAGAUUCGCGGCUAUGGCGGCGACAACGGACGGGUUUCAGCUCGCGGAGACAGACGCUCAGCUGAGAGGUGCAGGCACCCUCUUCGGCCGACAACAACACGGCCAGAGCGAUCUAUGGAUUGUCAGUGGCUUGAAGCGAAAGGAGCACGCGAGGAUCCUAGAAACCGCCACGAAGGACGCGGAGGAAAUUAUUGGGCUGCUGGAGGACCAGACGCAGAAUUCUCGAUGUUCGGCAAGCCUGGAAGGCUCCGCGGAAAAUGACCCGGCCGCAAACCGUAACUGGUUCGCACACAGUAACAAAGCAGAAACUCGAGAUGACCCCCGAGUCAGGAACAGCUUCGUGGACCGCGCUAUAUAUGGAGGGCAACUAGCAGGUGAGCCGGUGCUCAUCGAACUGGGAACUAAAACCGCCAGUUUCGAUGGACAAUUGGACCAACGCAGUGGCAUGUCCUUCAUUCAGAACGUAGGGGUAACGUGCGGGUAUGAUGGUCCGCCAAUCGACAAACCCAAGGAGAAACAGGGCACUAAAGGAACCAGCUUACAGAGUUCCUCUGUUGCUGACAGCUCCGCAUGUGAGGAGGGAAAAGCGGGCAGCCCCGCAAAAGAAAAGCAGACACAAACUGCCUCCGGGCGGAACAAGACCUGCAAGAAUGUAUAUAUCGGCUCCCUCGACAGAUGCAGCGCAGAAGGAUCGGAGACACGAAACCUCAAAUUGUCUCUAACACAGGAAGACAUCAAGGCGGCUCGAGAACUCGCUGAAGAAGUGCGGGUUCUCAUCCCACCGAGCAAAGUAGACUGGCUGUUUAGAGUUUAG